AUGGCCUCGACAGUCGUUCAUCCCACAAAAGAGGCCUCAGCGCCGUCGUUGUCGUCUGAGAAGCAGUCGUUUCUCUCUCCAGUGACGAACCUGUACACUCGCUUUUCAGAAUGGCGGCGGUCACUCGACCUUCCGAAUCCUGGCACCGUCGAGAACUUGCAGAAAGAAGUCAAGCUAACUCACCUGACCAAUUUCAUGUUCGAUGGCGCCAAGGCCGACCUCACCAAAUCGCUCUCGAUGGUCCCUGCGUUCCAGGUGACCCACUCCUUCUCAUUGGGCUCGCAGACCGCACCUCCUGCGUACAACUUCGGUGCCGUGUAUGCCACCAAUAGCGUAUUCCUACAGGGAAGCGUGGAUCACGAGGGCAAUGUCAAUGCCAGAUGCAACCAAGGCUGGUCGGAGAAUUUCAUCUCAAAGAUGCAGGCUCAGCUCUCCCAUCAGCCUGGUCACAGUAUGCUUCAGUUGGAACAGGACUACCAGGGACGAGAUUACUCCUUAAACUUCAAAGCCGUCAAUCCUUCCCCUUCAGACUUGUCUGGAAUCUACAUCGGAAGCUAUUUUCAGUCCGUCACUAAGAAUCUCGCUCUGGGCUUCGAGUCACUUUACCAGCGGCAGUCACCGGAACUGACGGAGCUCGCCACUUCAUACCUUGCAAAGUACACGGGUACCAAAAAGGACUGGAUGGCUACUGCCCAAGUCCAACCUUCCGGCAUACUGCAGACCACUUACUGGCAGAAGUUGAGUGACAAGGUAGAGGUCGCAGCGGACCUUCAGGUAAUUGCAGCUCCUUCACGGCGAGACGCCAUUGCCACUCUCGGUGCCAAAUACGACCUUCGCAUGUCGACAUUCAGGGCUCAACUGGACUCAACAGGCAAGGUAUCUGCUUUGCUAGAGCAGAGGUUUGCCCCCACCUUUGCGUUCUUGGUUUCCGGCGAAAUCGACCACUUCAAGAACGCUGCCAAGGUGGGCGUUGGCGUGAUGAUAGAGAGCUCCAACUUGACUCCGGAAGAGAUGGGAGCGCCUCCUCAACCGCAGAUCAUAUAA